CUGGCGCCCAAGUAUAACCACAGGCACGCACAGCACAACCACCCUGAUCACAUUUCACUGACAAAACCAGAGCCCGAAAGACAAACUUGAGAAAGCAAAACAAGACUGUUUGCUUCCCACUCAUCAAAGAUGAGCUCCGAUGCCACCGUGGACGGCGGCUUCCACAAGUGGAACACGCCGAUUCCGUACCUGUUCGCAGGAUUGGCUCUCAUGCUGGGCCUCAUCGCGGUCGCACUGGUGGUCCUCGCUUGCUCCCACCGGAAGUCCUCGGCAUCAUCCGGCCUGAGUCGUGACCCCGAAGAUCAAACCGGAGUGGAUAGCGAUGACAACAAGCCAUCAAAGGUGGAACAAGAGGACAAUGCGCCCAAGAUCGUAGUCAUAAUGCCCGGGCAUGAGAAUCCCACGUUCUUGGCGAAGCUUGCUUCUAGUUCGACCGCGAGCCACAACGGAUGCCAACAAGUAUGAGAGAUCAUCAUCAUCGCCGAUCAAUCUUCAUUUGCUUGCACUGUUAUAUAGAGAGGGUGCUGGAUUUUGGGAUCCCUUCUUCCUUGUUUUUUGGGUUUUUCCAUUGUUUUGUAGAGAUUACACCGAUUCUUUCAUUUUCGCGAAUAUGUAUAUGGAUGGAUUUUUCUUUCUUAUAUAACAUGCGUUGCGCUUCUUCUGCU